AUGUUCGGAACUGGCGAAGCCGUCAAAAUCAUAAUAGUGUACUUUAUAGAUAAGGCUCUGCAACGGCUCUUUGAAGUCGACGAAAAGAAACGUUGUCAAGAAGUGAGAGCUUAUGUAGCAUAUGCUCAAAGUAGUCAGGCGGGCAACAUCAACAGACAAGCUCAGCAAGGUAUUAUAAAAUCGCUAGAACCAGCCCUGGGAUAUUUGGCCUACCUCGGCAUUGUAUUGAUAGUAUUGGCGGCCAACAUCAACAGACAGGCUCAGCAAGGUAUUAUAAAAUCGCUAGAACCAGCCUUGGGAUAUUUGGCCUACCUCGGCAUUGUAUUAAUAAUAUUGGCUUUCCUGUUUCUCUUCGACUUUCCAUUUCUUGAUGCAACAUCUUCGAAAUCGAUCACCUAUUUUGUGUUUGGGCUAUAUCACCUGACCUCUUACUCGACAAGUUUCAUCGAAGAAGAACAUGAAGUUUGGUGAGU